AUGAAGAAUACUAAAAACUUGACACUUCCUUUGGAGCUUGUUCUCGAGAUCCUGCUGUUGAUUUUCAUGGAUGGUUUGCACAAGCCACACGAGAACUUUCAUCGACUGUCGCUCGUCUGCAAGACCUGGAGACCAUACGCCCAGCGCCUCCUCUUUCGCAACGUGCGCCUUCAUGACCCAGAUGCUACGCGCGGAUUCCUCGUUGCGACUCGACCUGAUGCAAUUUCGGAACUAUCACAGACUCUCGGGGAAUCUGUACGCUCAGUGGAGAUGACAUUGAGAAGUCAGGACAUGUUGUCCUUAUUCUCCUUUGUUCUCCGGCACUGUCCCAAACUUCGAGAACUCUCACUAGUGCUAUACAAGGACAUCGAUCUCGGCUCACUCUCCAUCUUAUCGGCUACGCUGCCACAACUUCCCAACGUGGGUUAUGCGGAGCUGGCACUCCCAUCGAUCAGAGCUCUCCGUAUAAGCGCAAUGGUAGAGGUACCGAGAUUCCUCAAAUCAGCCUUCAUUACUUGGCCAACGAUUCGUCACCUUGGACUAGCAGAUACUGCACUCGAACAGUUCUCAACUCAUAUGAUACCAGAGAGCGGUGCACCUGGAACCAAAUUACCCCUUUACGAAGUUGACUUUGGACCUUCACGAAGGGGCCGUCGAGACCCAUCCGAGUGCAUCAGACGACUGCUGCAAACAUGUGGACAGGAGCUUCGGAUUCUUGAUCUCCGCGGCUUGGGCAAUGCCACAGCUAUUCAGAAUUUUCUACGGGAGAGCGUUUUCCUUGCCCAACAUGGCGCGCAGAUCCGCUCUUUGCGGCUAGCUGAACUGCCGCUGCACGCAAAGGUCCAUGGGUUGAAAGCAUGUACUGGGUUAGAGGAGCUCGUACUUUAUGGCCAACCUCCGUCAGUGAUGCGGGAAGUACUUCCACUAGAUUGUCUGGUACACUUUUUAUAUGCGCAUACACCGUCCCAAGAGUCAUACAGUGUCGAUCGCCUCGUAAAGUGGUGCGAGACGAUGCCAAAGCUCGAGGUUUUUACAUACGUCACACGCGGUCAAGGAGGAAUGAUAGCAGAGGACGCGAAGAAGCUCGCCAGCUUUUGCAAUGCGAAGGGAGUGCGCUUUCGCCACAAAAGAAAUGGCAUCAACGAGCUUCGUGAGGAACUUAUCGAGCCGACCACCUUUCCACGGGACGAGAUCAUAACCGCAGUCUGGCGUUGA